AUGAGCUCUGCAGCGGCCGUCCCCAGGCCCGAUACGUCCGGGGCUGGGCCCAUCCCGAACCUCAAGCUGAGUGACGGCAACGAGAUCCCCAUGCUUGGCUACGGCCUCGGCACGGCAAACUUCAAGCGCGGCAACAAGGCGGCCUUCAACCAGCAGAUAGUCGACAACACCGUCAUGGCCAUCAAGAACGGCUACUACCACCUGGACGGCGCCGAAGCAUACGGCAACGAGGAAGAGCUAGGCGCGGCCAUCAAGGCGGCAGGCGUGGCGCGGUCGAAGCUGUUCGUGACGGCCAAGACGAGCUGCCGGGCGGGCGAGUCGGUCGAGACGGCGUUUGCGCGGUCGCUCGAAAGGCUGGGGCUCGAGUACGUCGACCUGUACCUGAUCCACAACCCGUUCUGGGCGGUCGCCGACGCGGCGCCCGAGGUGUACCAGCGCAAGUGGGCCGAGAUGGAAGCCAUCAAAGCGUCCGGGCGCGCGCGGUCCGUCGGCGUGUCCAACUACCUGGUUUCACACCUGGAAGCGAUCCUGGCCGCCGCGCCGCGCCACCCGCCCGUCGUCAACCAGGUCGAGUACCACCCGUACCUGCAGCACGAUGCGGACGGCGACGCGGGCUUGCUGGACUACUGCCGGCGGCACGGCAUCGCCGUCGAGGCGUACGCGCCGCUGGCAGCCAUCACACGCGCCGCCCCGGGCCCUUGCGACGCCGUCUACGACCGCCUCGCCCGCAAGUACGGCGUCCCCGCCUCCGACGUCGCCCUGCGCUGGUGCCUCGACCAAGACAUCGUCACCCUCACCACCAGCUCCAGCGCCGAGCGCCUGCAGGGCGUCUUGGCCAGGCUGCCCACGUUCACGCUCGCCCCGGACGAGAUCCGCGAGAUCGCCGACGCCGGUAGGCUGAAACACUACCGCGGCUUCUGGACGGCCAAGUUUGCGGCCGAUGACAGGCGCUAA